AGCAGCUAGACUAACAGACGCCAUGAGGGCUCUCCUGUUCCUGGGGUCCCUGCUGGGAAGCCUGGAGUCAGCGCUUUUGACUCCACCUUGGAAAGCCCCUAAGGAGCAUAAGCACAGAGCAGAUGAGCACACAGUAGUUCUCACUGUCACUGGGGAGCCCUGCUACUUCCCCUUCCAGUACAACCGGCAACUGUACCACACAUGCAUCCGCAAGGGCCGGCCUGGCCCCCAGCCCUGGUGUGCUACCAGUCCCAACUUUGAGCAGGACCAGCAAUGGGCAUACUGCCUGGAGCCCAAGAAAGUGAAAGACCACUGCAGCAAACACAGCCCCUGUCAGAAUGGAGGGACCUGUGUGAACACGCCAAAAGGCCCACACUGCAUCUGUCCAGAACACUUCACUGGGAAGCACUGCCAGAGAGAGAAAUGCUUUGAGUCUCAGCUUCUUCAGUUCUUCCAUGAGAAAGAAACAUGGCAUAGGCUUGAACCGGCGGGUGUGGCCGAGUGCCAGUGUAAGGGUCCUGAUGCCCACUGCAAGCCGCUGGCCAGCCAGGUCUGCCACACCAACCCGUGCCUCAACGGAGGCAGCUGCCUAGAGGCGGAGGGCCACCGCCUGUGCCGUUGCCGGGCAGGAUACGCAGGACGCUUCUGCGACGUAGACACUGAGGCGCGAUGCUACGACGGCCACGGGUUUGACUACCGCGGCACAGCCGAGACUGCGCUGUCGGGCGCCCGGUGUCAGCCGUGGGCCUCAGAGGCCACCUACCGGAACGUGACUGCAGAGCAAGCGCUGAACUGGGGACUGGGCGACCAUGCCUUCUGCAGGAAUCCGGACAACGACACCCGCCCGUGGUGCUUCGUGUGGAGCGGCGACCGGCUGAGCUGGGAAUAUUGCCGCCUGGCACGUUGCGAACCUCCAGUCCUAGAGGCUCCUCAGUUCCUGCCUCCAACCCAGGUCCCCUCUGAGCACCCGGAUUUUCCCCUGCCCUCGCUUUCAGCACUGCAGAAGCCUCAGCCCCCGACCCCAGCCUUGGGCGCGACGACGCCGGAGCAGCCCACUCCCCUGCCGAGUCCCAGCUGCGGACAACGGCUCCGGAAACGGCUGUCCUCGCUGAGCCGCGUGGUUGGGGGACUGGUGGCCCUGCCCGGGGCGCACCCCUACAUCGCCGCGUUGUACUGGCGCCACAAUUUCUGCGCGGGCAACCUCAUCGCCUCCUGCUGGGUGCUGACCGCGGCGCACUGCCUGCAGAACCGGCCCCCGCCGGAGGAGCUGACGGUGGUGCUCGGCCAGGACCGCCAUAACCAGAGCUGUGAGCAGUGCCAGACUCUGGCAGUGCGCGCCUACCGCCUGCACGAGGCCUUCUCGCCCAUCACCUACCAGCACGACCUGGCCCUGCUGCGCCUGCAGGAAAGAGAGGACGGCCACUGCGCGCUCCCGUCGCCUUUCGUUCAGCCGGUGUGCCUGCCAAGCAGCGCUGCCCGCCCAGAUGAGGCCGAGGCCGCCCUCUGUGAGGUGGCAGGCUGGGGCUACCAGUUUGAGGGGGCCGGGGAAUAUUCCAGCUUCCUGCAGGAAGCGCAGGUGCCACUCAUCCCUUCUGAGCGCUGCUCCGCCCAGGACGUGCACGGAGUCUCUUUUACUUCAGGCAUGCUCUGCGCUGGCUUCCUCGAGGGUGGCACCGACGCCUGCCAGGGUGACUCCGGGGGCCCGCUAGUGUGUGAGGAGGAGGCCGCAGAGCACCAGCUCAUUCUGCGAGGCAUCGUCAGCUGGGGUUCCGGUUGUGGCGACCGCUACAAACCAGGUGUGUACACCGACGUGGCCAGCUACCUGGCCUGGAUCCAGGAGCACACCAAUUCCUGACCAUCCAGGGACUUGUCUUUCCCUCCUGGGGGGAUUCUGGAAUGGAAGGGUGGCUGAUGCAUAAUCAUGGAUGGCAAGGGUUGGGUUUGAUUCCUCUCAGCACCCCCAGCCUGGCGCCAGGCAUAGAGUAGGCACUCAAUAAAGUGCUUCUGAAAAUGUGUGAGAGGCAUAGUUCUUCAGGGGA